AGGGUUCAACCAAUGAGCGGCGAGGAGAAGGGCGGGGCUUGUCCACCAUGAACGGAGCGAGCGAGGGCGAUGGCGGCGGCUACAAACGGCGCUGCCGGGCCUUGAAACGGCGCCUGAAGCUGCUGCUCUACGAGCAGGAAUGUUUCCAGGAGGAGCUGAGGAGGGCGCAGCGCAAACUCCUGAAAGUCUCCCGGGACAAAAGUUUUCUCCUGGAUCGGCUUCUCCAGUAUGAGAACGUCGACGAUGAUUCCUCAGACUCGGAGGCGACGGCGUCGUCCGACAACAGCGACGGCGACGGGGCCAAGGGGGCGGAGCCGACGCCCGCCAAGAGGCGCCGCUCGCCCUCCCCUCCCCCGCCGGCCUUCGCCCCCUCCCCCUACAUGAUAAGGGGGCGUGGCUUGACCUCGGGUUGA